AUGCUGUGGAUUCUCAUCCUUACUGCAUGUGGUGUGACUCCACUCAUCCGAGUAAAUGGUGAUGAAUUUGUAUGCCACAACGUAGAAUAUGCUGGUCCUAUAAAAGAGGUAAUACAGAUAAAACCAACUAAACUGGCAGAAAAGACCUCCAAUGCUGCCAAGCACGUAAAGGGGCUUGCAAUAGCCGUGGCUAGUGGUGUUAUAGCAAAAAUUCCAGUUGCAGGGAGCAUACUGGGCGCGGUCUUCAAAGAACUGGCUGGGGCUUUCGGCAAUAAGGGCUUACAAGCAGAAGACGUUUACAACAGUUUGAAGAAAGAAAUCGACCAGCUCAAAUCGUACGUGGACCAAGAAAUUGAUGAAGUGAAAUUAGACUACAUCAAGAAGGCUUUUGGGACAAGCCGUGGUGGAAUUCUGAGCUAUGCAAUGCACUGCCAGAAAACGUACCAAGGUGAUGCAGAUGAUAUUGCCCCUUGUUUGGAGAAUGUAAACGCUAUGUUGACCCAACAGUACCACUUCUUCAUGCCAUCAGACAGCCGACUCAGUUCCUACGAGUUUUCUCUCCCUCUGUUCCGUAUGUAUGGAGAACUCUUUGUAGACACAGUCAUGGAACAGAUCGCUGUUGCAAUGACGAGAGGAAAGGAAACUCAAGCGGCAGCAAUGGCUGACACCCUGAUCACAAAAGUGAAGCAACUCGAAGAGCAUUACACAACUUCUUUGGUCAAAAUCGCUAAACUUCACGCGGAACCUCACGUAUCGACAGACAGCGGAAAAGCCGACUGUGCGCUUAUCCCUUACCAUAACGUCCGAAUGUGUAUCUGCACUUUAGCCAUUGGACCGAACAAAAUCAGUUCAUCAGACACCAAAGAUCCCGCGAAAAGCUUAAAAAAUUUCUGUGUUGGAGUUUACUAUGGCACCAACAGCGACGUCUGUAAAAUUGCCAAGAAAGAGUAUUUCGAGGGAUACGCCGAGGACCAUGUGCAGGCCAUAAAAACCUACUGGAAGAAACAAGUGGGAGACACGGUAGAAAGUUGGACCAAGACUGCUGAAGCCCUUGAAGGAUUGAGGGAGAAGGUUAAGAGGUGA